CAUUCAUAAACAGGGGGUUUGGCGGGUGCAUGGAAUCACUUUUGGAUCUUUGUUUGGAGGACGGGCUGAUAUAUCGUGAAUCCACUAGCCCCUAAUGGUGCUUCGAGCGUAUGAAACGGUAUGCGAAACCGUUCGAUAAAAAUUCAAAUGUAAUUAGUCGUUAGUUCAGCCGUCGUGAGUUACGUGUGAAGUGUUUCUUGAUUCAUAAAGAAAGAGAAAGGUCCCAGCUGUUGGAUUUACGAGCACUGGACCAAUGUUUUGAGAAAGUGCAGCGUUGUAUUCUCUUCGACAGUGAAGUGGACAUGGAGCAGCCAUCACCACAGCCACACUUACAGUGACACUCACCACCACAGCCACACUUACAGACAUCAACAGACGAAAAAGAACCCUUCCAGCAGACCCCAUCUACCGAGACACAACACACUUUUGAAUUUUGAAUUUGAAUUUUGAACACUGCCUGGCGGCUUGCAGUUGGAAGAGCAUAUUUGAAGAUCGAGAAUACACGACCCGGAAGUUUGAGGUGCCGUCCCGUCGUAAUGUUUACAUAGGUGGAGGGAUGUUUCUGUAAUCAUCUGGUGGUAGUGAGAGAUGCGACCACUUGCAGGAUGCUGAGGCUCACCACCUGACACCUUCUCAAGAUGUGGCAGUGCAGGAAGUGUGGUCGACCAGUCUACUUUGCGGAGAGAAAGCAAUCGCUAGGAUUUGACUGGCAUCCAAAUUGUCUGCGUUGUGAGGAAUGUGGCAAGCGACUAAAUCCUGGCCAGCACGCAGAGCACAAGGGAGUUCCAUAUUGUCAUCACCCAUGUUAUGGAGCUCUCUUUGGUCCCCAACUCUUUGGUCAUGGCACACGCAAUGAAUGCCACACUUCGUUUGGCAAGGUGGAAAACAGGGACGGCCAAGUGAAGAGGUCACAUAUUGAAGCCAAGCUGAAAGCUUACAACCAAUACUAUGAAGGCAAGCCGGGAGAGCUGAAGAGCAGAGAGGCCAAUGGUCGUAUGAUUCUGGAGGGUGUGCUGAAGAUUUACUGGGGAGUGCGUAAUGUUAUUCACCUUAAGGAAGAGGAUGAUCAACGAACAAUUGCUGUCCGUAGACGCUCGACAGCAAAUUCCGCUGCCUUUUACUCGGAUAGUGAUGAUGAGGAGCAGACCCACUGGCGUGAUGAUUGUCUGAAUGGCUGGCGUACUCCUCAGUCCCCAAGUUCACCUCAAACUCCAAAAGUCAGCACCUUAGGAAGAAGCACAUUGUUCUGUGUGUUCCCUAGUGACCAGACACUUAAUGAGAGAGAAAAUGCUGGGUCUCUCACUCCUGGAAUCUCAACUGAUGGUAUACUUCCUUCAAGAGAAGAUGGAGCUGCCAUCAGUAAUCGAAUCUGUGUUCAGCCAGAGAUGAAGGAUCAGACACCAAAAGAAUCUCCAAUAAGUUUGAAUAAUGAAGGGGACUUAUGGAAGAAUACUGAUUUUAAGACAUGUAACAUGAAUGCCUUAUUAGAUACUGAGUGCAAGAAUUCUUCCAACCCACCAAAUGGCGUCACUUAUGUUACUACUAGAGAGGAGAAGGUGGUUAACUCGGUGCCCCAGAGUGAUGAGGCCUCCAGCAGCAACACCAAACACAAGAACUCGUCUUCAGAGGUUAUGCUUAAUAACAAUGCUUCGUCUUAUAGUUCCGAGUCUGAUUUUCAUAAUGAAAAUAGUAAUCCAUCAGUCUUAGAAAACAGUGAAUCAGGGGAACUUAAUUCCAGCCUCGAUGACCACACGCCAUCAAAAAGGGUGGCUAUGAAAACGGGAAGUUCUGCUAUUAGAAGACGGCCGGGCAGACGAAUGGAUAAGACCAAGCUCAAGAGACGGUGCUCCAUCAAUGGCCACUUCUAUUUAAGAGAAACGAGCUCCUUCACGCCCCCUCACGGGUCACCGUGUAGUGUGUGGGUGACGUCCUUAAUCACAGCCGAGGAGGUUCUCAACAUGCUGCUGGAGAAGUAUCGAGUGGAAAUGUCAACUCGGAAUUUUGCCCUAUAUGUAAUUAAAGAUAACGGAGAGAGACGAAGGAUUAGAGAUGAUGAAUAUCCACUGAUAACACGAGUGAUGCUGGGUCCUCAUGAAGAUGUGGCACGUGUAUUUAUUGUGGAUGCACAGCAAACAGAAGAGAUUUCACCCCAGGUGGCCCAGUUCCUCAACCUCAGCCUGGCCGAGUGCCGAGCCAUCCUUCGGCAGUAUGAGCAAGAAGAACAGCGGCAGAUUCUUGCCGUCAGACAAAAGUAUGAAGACAUGGAAUUUUACAUCAAACGGAGAAUGAAGGAAUUGCGUGGUGUGUGAGCUUCACAGGUCCGGAAAUGUCCCCAAGUUGAGCUGUCUUAUGCAGCAUGCAAGACCUGACCUGUUUUUGGGAGCAGAGGUAUUGUGAUCUGAUAGUGGCAAGAUUUAACUGACUAUGGAUAAUAAUCUAGGAGUUUUUUAUAAACUCCAUCUACAGCACAGUAAAACUCUCACGUUUUUGCUGAAGAUUGAUUUUGUUUAUAGACUAAGUGGCUCUCACCUUUUUUUUUUUUUCAUAUAUGUUUGGAGAUUGUUCAUGUUGCGUUUGGUUUAGUCUCUCCAUUCGUAUUGCGUGUUUUACUGUUGCGUAUUUUAAUUUUUUUUAUAUAGUGUAUUGCAAUACAUGUGAGAUCUAUAGGAUUUUACCAGUCUAGAAUUUGGUUACCAGCAUUAUUUGGACCAUUAUCAGAAGUGUGGUUCAAAAUUACAUUCCAGAGGCAUUUUAAGUUUUUAAUGAUUAGAAAGUUACCAAGGGCAUUUUAUUUUUUUAAGAUAGAGGAACAUGUCGGUUUUAACUGGUCUUACAGAACCAGCAAACUGAUAGUAGCAAUAGCAUUUGCUCAUUUUUGAAUACUUUUUUUUUCUAUUUCACACACUUUAUUUUGCUCAUAAGUUCAAUUUCAUCAACCAAUUUUGUUUUGGAUAGCUAAGGAUUGGCAUUAGGUGGCAUUCUUAAUGGUUUUCUAUCCGUGGCAGGUGAAUGAUAUUGUAUGGAAGAAACAUAGCGCUCAAACAAAGUUUCCAAAUUCAUUGAUAUUAAUAACUGUUCUUCGGUGUGUUGCCUUGUGUGCAACUUUGUGUAAUAAUAUGAAGCUGUAUAAAACACAGUUGACUGUGCUCGUGCUACCUCAGACUGUCGAGUUGCAUCUUCGCUCCUGCUGUCUUGGUCCAGCUAUUGCUGAACCUUGUUACUGAGAACAUAUAUUCUUAGUACUUCUUUCUCAUUGUAUUGAAGUAAUUGCCAUGGUAAUGAAAGCCAUUCAUGAUUAGUACUGUAUAGCUUUUAGUUAACCAAGUUUGUGGGCCAGUGAGGUUAAGGUUUCAUUCAUUCAUUAAUGAAUGGGACUGAAGAGAGCAUUUCAUUUAUUGUACUUCAUUAAGAAGUGUUGAUAAUAAAUUUAAUUAUAUAAAAGAGGUAUCAUAAAGAGGAGACCGUUCAGGCUUGUUCGCAUAUAUAUAUAUAUGUGUGUCAUACCUAGUAGCCAGAACGCACUUCUCAGCCUAGUAUGCAAGGCCCGAUUUGCCUAAUAGGCCGAGU